GAAAAUGCAUGUCAAAAACAACAUAUGUCAGAAUCAAAUGCAUCAUUUUUUGAUUUGUUUCGCACUCCUCAGUUAAGAAAAAACUCAUUGUUGCAAGCCAUUAUGUGGUUUGCCAUUUAUUGUUGUUAUCAUACAAAUACUCAAAAUGCCUCUAACUUGGGAACAGACAUCUAUGAAUCCUUUACUUUUGGUGCUCUGGUGGAGAUUCCUUCUAUGCUAAUUGUUUUGUUUGGUAUAGAUAAAAUAGGACGACGUUGGCCUAUUAUUAUUAUGUCAAUAUUAGCUGGAAUUGCUGGAAUUAUAACUUUUACUAUUCCUGCAGGUAAUUCUGAAGCCAUUCUAGCUUUAGCAUUAAUACAAAGAAUAUGUAUUACAGCUAACUAUAAUAUUAUCAUACAAUAUUCAGCUGAAUUAUGUCCAACUGUAUUGAGAGGACGUGGUUUAGCAUUUUUGCGACUGAUGGGAACUCUUGGACUUUUUCUCAGCCCAUCAGUGGUUUAUUUAGGACUCUCAUAUUAUUCACUACCUCUAAUUAUAUCUGGAGGUGUUAUGUUGUUAGUUGUAAUAUAUGCAAUUUUUCUACCUGAAACUUUGGGUCAACAUCUUCCACAUUCCAUAGAAGAUGGAGAAAACUUUGGAAAAGAUCAGAAUAUUUUUGAUUGUCCUUGUAUAGCACCCAAGUUAGAAGAUAGUAAAGAGAAGUCAGAAUCAUCUAUUCCACAAGCAGUUUAGAACAGCUUUUUUUAUUUUUAUCAAAUUAAAUCAUCGUCAUUUGUUGAUCUGAUAAUAUUUAUAGUAUUUUAGUUUUUUAUAAUUUUAUUUUUCUUUAAAAUUUGAUUUUUGCUAAUAUUAUUGAUUGUUUUGUUUUAUUAGUAACAUUUUGAAGUAUAUUUAAAAUAAUCUUGCAAGUUUAAUAAUUUACAUUCUGAAAGUUAAGAUGCAUAUCUGAGCAGCUUAUGAUUUCAUUAAAAAAUUUAUUGUCAAAUAAAUAUUAAGUUAUUUAUAACAAUUGAAUUGAAAUGUAAUAUGCCUGUUUAAUUGAUAAAAUUUUAUAGAAGAUUAAUACCCAAAAA